AUAAAAAGGCGUUUACGUGGGAAAUAUGUAUUAAAUUUCAUGAGAAAUUUCAUAGGAACGCGACUCGUAAUUUUGAAAACAUCAACGACCAUGAGAAUUUCAAUCACGCCAAUUGACUUGGAAGUAAACUCGGUGGACUUUCUUCCGUUCCCAUCGUCAUAUUUAAUGUGGAUGCCCCUUUUGGAUUCCAUAAUCUACGGAUCCUUACAGCUGUUUUUACAGCAGGAAUGGCAGAUAUUCUACCAAUUGGGACAAUCUUGGCUGUUGCAAUUAAUCAGGUCAUCAAAACUGCUCAUGCUGCUAAUGAUAUAGUCAUUGAAAAAGAAAGUUUCAAAAUCCUCUCAUCUCACCUCUUUGAUAUCCUCCGUGUUCUAAAGGAACUCGAGCUACAAAAACUAAACGAAUCACCACUCGCAAGAAAAGCUCUUGAAAACCUUGAAACAGAUGUGAAAAAAGCCAACACACUUGUGGAAAAAUACAAGAAUCGAGGUCGUUUCUACUUGCUAAUCAAAUGCAGACACAUUGUAAAGGAAGUACAAGAUGUCACAAGAGAUAUUGGUAAGUCUUUAAACACUCUAUGUCUUGCAAACACCGAAGUCCUAUCUGGAAUAUCCGAUGAAAUAAGUAGAUUACAAAACGAGAUGCAAAGAGCUGAAUUUGCAACAUGUCAAUCUCAUCUUCAAAUUCUUGAUAAGUUAAACGAAGGGCUCAUGAAUCAAAAACUUGAUCAGGGUUUUGCUAAUGAUAUAAUUGAAGAUAUAGCAAUGGCUGUAGGAGUUGUGAUUGAGCCUUCUGAGAUAAGAAAAGAGCUCGAUAGCUUUAAAAGAGAGAAAGAAGAAGCCGAAAACCGAAAAGAAAGAGCAGAAGUUUAUUUCUUGGAACAAAUUAUCGAAUUGUUGUCGCGUGCAGAUGCUGCUAGAGAUUAUGAACAUGUGAAAGAUCAGUAUAUGCAAAGGUUAAGAGUAAUCGAACGUCAUGAUUCAAAAUCAGAAUCUAUUCCACCUUUUAAAGCUUUCAUUUGUGGGAUUACUAAAAGUGUAAUGGUUGAUCCUGUUAGUCUUUCGAAUGGAACUGCUUAUUCCAGAGUGGCGAUUGAAGAAUGGUUUGGGUCGGGUGAAAAAACGGAUCCUGUUACGGGUGAAGAACUUGAAGAUUUGUCUUUUAGAUCGAAUAUUCAGUUGAGACAAUCGAUUGAAGAGUGGAAAGAGCUUAAUUAUUGUAUGAGGAUUAGAUCUUGUAAGUUUAAAUUGAUGAUGGAAAAUGAUGAAUCUGUGAAAGAUGCACUUUUUCAGAUUCAGGAACUUAUGAAAGAGAAUGUAAUAAAUAAAGAUUGGAUUUCAAUUGGUGGUGUCACCAAAUUGCUUAUUGAAAUCCUCCCAAACUUAUGUAAUUCACAAGUGAAAACGGAUGUGUUGGUUACGUUAAAGGAUGCUGUUGAGGGACAUUCAAGAAACAAGGAUCUGUUGGUUGCAAAUAAGGGAUUUUGUAACAUUGUUCCAUGCUUAGGAUGUGAAUCAAGUCUAUCUAAAGCUUCAUUAGAGUUGAUAUGUGAGUUAGUUCUUGAGGAGUCCAGUCAAAAUAUGGAUCAUGCAAGGGAAAUUUCUCAACAAUGUAAUCCGGUUUCCUUUCUUGUUACCAUCUUAAAGGGUUCAGAGAUGGAGUUAGCAGAAAAAGCACAGAAAAUCUUGCAAAAACUUGUAGAUUUUGAUGACAAAAAUGCUAUUUUGGCUGCAAAAAAGGAAUGGUAUAGACCUCUUGUUGGUAGGAUUAUUCAAGGUCCAAAAGAAACAAAAAUGGCAAUGCUAAGAGGGAUUGUUGAUUUGGAGCUUGAAGAAGAAAACACAAAGCUCGUAUGUUCGCUAGGUUUAAUUCCACCUUUGCUCGAAAUGGCAUCUGCUGACCUGGAAUCAAAAGAAGUAUCGUUAUCAAUGCUUGUAAAGCUUUUAACAAAUUCAGACAACAAAACCCUUUUCGCAGCUUUUGAUGGAGUCCCUCUAGUGAUCAACCUAAUGCGCUCUUUACCUUUACCAUUUCUCAUCCUCUCCAAAUGCUCUCAAAUCCUCGAAAAACUCACCUCUAAUGGCGAUGGAAUCAAGUUUCUUGUGGACAUAAACGGCGUGAAGCUCAAUUUAGAGUCAUUAGUCGAGAAUUUAUUAGCUUUUUUACAAAACUCGCGAUUGCCUUACACUGUAUUGAGGCCGGUUUUACGUGUUCUUUUCAAAAUAUGUGAAUCGGACGCUGGACUGGUGAAAACCGCCGUGGUCACCGCCAGCGGUGUUUCUCGUGUUCUGACUCUUCUGGACCACUCCGAUAGUGAAACACGUGAAGCCGCCAUCAACCUCUUGUUUUUAUUCUCGAAUCAUGAACCGCAGGGAGUGGCGGAGUUCCUUUUAAAGCCGAGAAGACUCGAGGCUUUCAUCGGUCUUCUUGAAAACUCUGGGAAAAGCGACGUACAAAAGGCUGCGGUUGGUUUGCUAGCGAACGUUCCGAAAUCGGAAGUUGAAUUGACAAAAAAACUAAUCGAGUUGGAAGGACUUAAAGCGAUUAUAGACAUACUGGAAUCGGGAAGCACAGAGGCGAAAGAGAACGCCUUGAGCGCGCUAUUCCGGUUUACGGAUCCGACGAAUAUCGAGUCUCAGAAAAUAGUCGUCGAGCUCGGUACGUACGAUUUACUUGUGGAUUUUCUUAAAAAAGGUUCGGUGACAGCAAAAGCACGCGCCGCUGCUCUAAUCGGUGAUCUCUCGAUGCGAAGCUCCGAACUCACCGUGACCUCAAAGUCAAACCGGUGGUGCUCGUGUUUCGGCCGCACCGGUGCUGCCAUGUGUGCCGCCCAUGGCGGGAUAUGCAGUGUGAAAGGUACGUUUUGUGUUUUGGAGGCGGGGGCGUUACCGGAUCUGGUGAAACUGUUGCAGUCUGAGGUCCAUGCCACAACGUAUGAAGCGAUUCAGACGCUUUCGACUUUGGUACAGAAGGAGUCGCCUCGGAGAGGUGCUCAUGUUUUGCAUGAUUGUGGGGCGGUGGUUCCGAUUUUGGAGGUUUUGAAUUGGGGGUCGGAGUCGUUGAAGGUGGAGGCUUUGGAGGUGUUGGAGAAAGUGUUUAUGUUGACGGAAAUGGUGGAUUGGUAUGGUGCGGGCGCAAGAAUACCACUUGUCCGGUUGACCGGAGGUAGUAUUCAUGAAGACGGUCAUCUUCAUCGGAAAGCUGCUAAAGUUUUGUUGCUCAUUGAGCGUCAUUCGCGUCGCUCGUCGACUUCACUUGUUGCCGGAUUCAACGGGUGAAGAGGGUGUAUAGGUGUAUUCAUAGUUUGUGUUUUUGUAUGUUGUAAAGUAAAUGAUUUAUGUAACAUUACUUGCUUUUGAUGAAACAAACUAUUUAUAUAA